CCCUCUCGUGUCACGUGACCUGCGUGUCCUUGGUUUGCUAACUUUGACAUGUGAGCAACACAAACAUGUCUUUCCCCAAAAAACCCGGCAGCAAAGCAUUAGAUGCUUUGCAGAACCUGCCACGGAUAACUUUAGCAAACAUGCGGCCUGAACCGGGAGCCCGACAGGAGGGCAAACGGCGGGGCAGAGGACAGUAUAAGGGCAACAGAAGCGGCCGAGGGCACAAAGGAGAGCGACAGAAAGGAACCCGGCCUCGGCUGGGGUUCGAGGGGGGUCAGACUCCCUUCUAUCUGGCUAUUCCGAAAUAUGGAUUCUAUGAAGGGCACAGUCGCCGUCCACAGUACCAGCCUCUGUCACUGAAACGACUGCAGUACCUCAUCGAUUUGGGACGAGUCGACCCAACCCAGCCCAUAGACCUGACACAGCUUAUCAACGCCAGAGGACUGACUAUCCAGCCUCUGAAGAGGGACUAUGGAGUGCAGCUUGUUGAUGAGGGUGCCGACAUUUUUGCAGCAAAGAUCAACAUUGAGGUUCAGAGGGCGUCCGAGGGAGCCAUAGCUGCCAUUGAAAGGAACGGAGGCGUCAUCACGACCAACUUUUACGAUCCUAUUAGUCUCGCGAUCGUCAUUAAUCCCGUCCCGUUCUUCAUGCGUGGGCAGCCAAUCCCAAAGAGAAUGUUGCCCGGAGAAGAUAUGAUACCGUACUACACAGACGCUGAAAACCGAGGUUACUUGGCAGACCCGGAAAAAAUCCAGCAGGCCCGGCUAGCCCUGGCCCAGAAGUACGGCUACGUUUUGCCAGACAUUUCAAAGGAUGAACUCUAUCACAUGCUGGCCAUGAGGAAGGAUGUUCGACAGAUCUUCUUUGGCCUCGCUCCAGGCUGGGUUGUUAACAUGCCGGAGAAGAAGAUCCUGAAACCAACCGAUGAGAAGCUGCUGAAAUAUUACAGUUCAUAGGUGUUAAAAUAGCGUCUGUGUAGAGUUUCUCUCAGCAAAAGUCAAGGAAGGAGUUUUGCUUGUUGGAAAUCGUAUCAUUUUGUAUGAAAAACAGCAUUCAGUGUGUUGACAUUAAACUUUAUCUUAAAAGCUA